CUGGAGUCGGUCAGGAUCACACAGCGGCAGGCAAUGCUGGAUGGAGUAUGGACUUAUACAGAAGCAACACAGAGACAGUGGACGACAACUGAAACCUGCUGCAUAACGUCACAGGGCAAGAAAGUCAAUGCACUUUUUUUUUUUUUUUUUUUUUUUUUUACAGCUGAAUAAACUCUACAAACAAUCAGCUGUGGUGCAGUUUGGAGCAUGGAACACCUGUGGAAAACAAGUGGACUGGACUGAAGCGCCUUGAACACUGCACUGACUCAGGACUGAAGGAAGACUUUCCCAGAUGGAUUUCACAGUGUGCACACAUUUGCAGUCUGUGGAAUGUUAGACACCAGCUGUCACCUCAUUCAUGUUAAACACUACACACUCUUACUUCUUCUCUGUACCAGCAACUAACUGAAUUACAGCAGCGGACUUCCAACUAUUUUUACUAUUCAAGCUUUGGAUUUCUGCAGGAUCUGAACACGUCUUCCAUCAGUGGAUCUGACAUGAUUUAGUUCAUGUAGAGUCCAACAUUCCUCUGGUCAGUAUAUGUGUUUACAUUGUAUAAGAUGCAGAAUUUUUCCUGUUUGCAUUAGAGGUAAUCCUUGGUGUGUCAAGAGCAUUCUGCUGAGGAUUACAGCCUUAUGACAUAAACCCUGCAUGCUUUUAGCAGGUGAAGUGGAAAAUCUACACAAACACACUGCUGCAUCUAACGCUUGCAGCAGCUGAUCUUCAACAAGUUGAGAUCCAGUUAAAGGAGCGGUUCUGGGUCCAGAUGUUCCUCAACACAAUUCUCGUGGUCCUGUCGGACCUAGCGGCCCAUUUCCUUGGUAACACCUUGGUCCGGCAGCACUUCCAUCUGUGGCUGUCAGGGGUGGUUGUGUUUGGUCCUGUACUGAGUCUCUGGGUCUCCCCUCACAGCAUCUUUGCAAAGAGAACACACUUUCUCUACAGGGUGUUCUUGCGCUCUGGCUGGGGCUGGACUUGCAUCUUCGUUGGCUCCUUCGUCUUCCUCCUCUCCUUCUCCAUCCGUCGCUCCAUCUCUCUGUCCAUCCGUCACCUCACCCGCCUCGUGUUGGCAGGAGGACUGUGGCUCGGUUUCUGCAAACUCCUGGACCUGCUGGAGAACGCCACCGGAAGCUGCUAUGAGCCUUUGGUCUCUGGUCCAGACGUCACCAACGGGCCCCUCCUGGUGUUGAGAGAGGGAGAGAGUAAGGCAGAGUGUCUAAGGGCUGGGAUGCUGUGGAGGGGGUAUGAAGUUUCAGAGGACGUCUUCCUCCUCUGUCUCUGCUGCAUGCUCUUAGUGGAGGAAACAGCUGUGUUUGGCCCAUAUUUAACCCUUGGCGGGGUCUCAGAUGCUCCUCUGAGGAUCCUCUUCAUGUUCUGCGUUCUCCUGCUCGGACUCUGGAUCUUCCUGCUGCUCUGUCUCUUGGCUUACUUCCCCCAGUUCCCCACCCAGCUGAUAGGAGGAGCACUGGGGUGUCUGAGCUGGAGAGUCCUGUACCAGGGCUGGUACCGUCUGGGGCCCAGCUGGUACUGCCCCGGGAGACCAGGACUGGGACUACUCAACACCAAGACCUGCUCCAGCCCUGAACCAGAGAACAAACAAGUGAACCAAGACCACUGUAAUGAAGUCAAAGACAAAGACCAUUAAACUGGUUGUAUCACUGUGAGCUCAGGGUGGAUGUUUGCAGAUUUGUGUCCACUUCAGUUUGUUCUGAUCGGAUCAUUAACCUGACAUUAAAACAUUAACAGUCUCAUAAUGUCUUAACGCUUUAUCACAGUGCUUCU